AUGAACGAGAUAAUCAAAUCCUUAUCACGUGAUCAAACGAAUGAUUUUCCGUUACUUGUUCGUUAUUCACUAGUUGAUAAUGAUGUUUGUAAUGGUAAUCAGGAUACCAUUGAUCAUAUGACAACAUCCGAUGAAAUGAAGGCUAAUGUAUUAAAAACAUUGGCGAAUUCGGAUACGAAACUUCCCAAAGGAUCGCAUGAUAGAAUUCAUCCAUUUGGUCGUGUUGGCUAUCCAGUUACUUAUCGCGAAAUCUAUGAAUAUUUAUCGUGUCUAGAAAUAUCACCGUGCAACGAUUGGUUAUCGUCCAACAGUACACUAAGAGACUUGACAACUCAGCGAGCAGUUGAAUUAUCAGAAGCUGUCAAAGAGGCUACCAUGACUUACAGAGCACAAAACUUUGAUACUGAUUAUAUGGAUUUUCCAUUUCAAGUGAUAUUCGAUGAAUGGAAAAGUCAAGGUGGUGAAUCGUGGCAAUUGAUUGAAACUGUCGACGGAUUUCAUAUCAAUCAAUAUGGUCAUGCAACUGUUUCAGAUGUCUUUUGA